CGAGGUGUUCCUACUGGAAUAAAAAAAAUAGGAGGAAAACAUAGUAAAGGAUCAUAAAACAGUGUUGAAAAAUAUGUAAAACAUGUGUUAAACAUACAGUCGAAAGUUUAUGAUCCUUAAAUAUUUGCCAAGUGAAGGAAAAUUAAAUACGGUGGAGGGGAAUAGACAGAUGGAGUGGUUGGAGAUUUAACUGGCGGACAGAUGUUAUUAAUAUUAGCUAAGAUUAGGACGUGCUUUUAUUUCUGAAUGUCAUAUGUAUUUACAGGUUGGAUAAAUAAUACUGUUGUGUGACAUACAUAAAGAGUGGGUUGCUGGCGAGGAUACACGGACACAUGUGCGUGCAAUGUGCUGGAUUAACUGAAAACUACAUAUAAAGGAUAUAAACACACAUUAAGAUGGCGCUGCAUCUGGGUGCCCAGUAUAUUUUGGAGCAUAAUGUCGGCAUCAGUGAUGCUGUGUUACUGGACCCUCUAACAGAGGAGGCAUUCAUCGAGAACCUUAAAAAGCGUUUCUCCCAUGAGCAGAUAUAUACUUACAUCGGCACAGUGGUGGUGUCUGUCAAUCCGUACCAGAAGUUGCCUCUAUACACUGCCGAAGUUAUAGAAGAGUAUAGAAGUAGAAACAUUUACGAGCUGCCGCCACAUAUUUAUGCUAUAUCAGACGAGGCGUACAGAUCUAUGCGUGACCGCAACUUGGACCAAUGUAUCAUAAUAUCCGGUGAAAGUGGUGCUGGUAAAACAGAGGCAAGUAAAGUGAUAAUGCAGUAUGUUGCUCAAGUAUCUGGUAAAGGGAGAGAAAUUGAUCGGGUAAAGGAACAGCUUCUACAGUCAAACCCCGUACUAGAAGCGUUUGGUAAUGCGAAGACUUUAAGAAACGACAACUCUUCAAGAUUUGGAAAGUAUAUGGACAUAGAGUUUGAUUUCAAGGGAGAUCCUAUUGGAGGUGUUAUCACCAAUUAUUUAUUAGAAAAGUCAAGAGUGGCAUCACAGAUACCUGGGGAGAGAAACUUCCACAUUUUCUACCAGUUACUGGCUGGGGCUGAUCCAACUUUCUUAGAAACAUUGAAGCUGUCCCCCAAACCAGAGAGUUAUGGUUUCCUGAACAAGAGUGGUUGUAUAACAGUGGACACCAUUGAUGAUGCCAGAGAAUUUAACCUAGUCAAGACUGGUAUGGAAGUGAUAGGAUUUUACCGAGCGGAGAUAAACGAAGUAUUCCAACUGGUGGCAAGCGUAUUGAAGUUAGGGAACGUAGAGUUUUCACAUCGUAGUAACUCUGAUGGUACCGACGGCUGUGAUAUAGCCAGUACUCAAGAGCUGGAGGAUGUUGCUAAAAUUCUAGGCUGUAUGGAACAAAAUCUUAAAAGUGCUCUAACACAAAGAACUGUAGAAGUUAAAAGAGAAAAAGUCAAGACAGAUUUCAGUGUUGCUGGGGCUGUGUAUGCGAGGGAUGCGUUAUGUAAGGCGAUAUACAGUCGACUGUUCUCCUGGCUUGUACAGAGAAUUAAUGAUAGCAUUAAAGUAAAAACUGAACAGACCAAGAAAGUCAUGGGUGUGCUUGAUAUUUAUGGAUUUGAAGUCUUUGAGACAAACAGAUAUGAACAGUUUAUCAUCAACUAUUGUAAUGAAAAGCUUCAACAGAUCUUCAUAGAACUGACACUGAAGGAAGAACAAGAAGAAUAUAUCAGAGAGGGUAUAGAGUGGAUUCAUGUACAGUAUUUCAACAAUGCUGUAAUAUGUGAUCUUAUUGAAAAGAGUGGUUCUUCUUUUUCACAAAAUAACAAUGUAGGAAUUCUAGCGAUAUUAGAUGAGCAGUGUCUGUUGCCAGGCAACGUAACUGAUAAGACGUUUCUGGAGAAAAUGAACACGACAUGUAAAGAUCAUCCGCACUACGAGAGUCGAGCGUUGAGAAAGAACCAAUCAGACAGAAGCUUGCCUCAUGAUGCGUUCAGACUUAAACAUUACGCUGGAAACGUGACAUAUAAAGUGGAUGGUUUUAUUGACAAGAAUAAUGACCUACUAUACAGAGAUCUGUCACAAGCCAUGUAUGCCUGCAAACAUAAUCUGAUGAAAAAACUCUUCCCUGAAGGCUACCAUAAAGCAUUGGAUACACGAUGUUUGGUGAAUUCAUUAAGGAAUCCAACACAGAAAUCUUUGAAGAGACCACCAACAGCUGGCUCACAGUUCAAGGCAUCUGUACAGGAACUGAUGAAGAACUUGCUGUCUAAGAACCCAAAUUAUAUUAGAUGUAUAAAGCCAAAUGAUGAAAAACAGAGUGGGAAGUUAGAUUUAGAUAUUGUCAAACAUCAGGUCAGAUAUCUGGGGUUAAUGGAGAAUAUCAGAGUAAAACGAGCCGGAUAUGCCUACAGACAGGUGUACGACCAGUUUUUGUAUCGCUACAAAAUGCUGGCUGAUGAAACAUGGCCGUCAUGGCACGGUGAUGCUAAAGAAGGGGUUAAAAAGAUUCUUGCCAAUCAGAAAAUUGCAGACGAUGAGAUAGCCUUCGGAAAAUCCAAAUUAUUCAUUAGAAAUCCAAGAACUCUAUUUGACCUUGAGGAAACAAGAAGGGAGAGAAUGCACUUCCUGGCAACUCUCAUACAGAAAGUCUGGAAAGGUCAUGUGAAGAGAGAGCACUUCCUGUUGAUGAAGAGAAGUCAGGUGAUCAUCUCUAGCAGGUUUAGAGGAUUCUAUGGUCAGAAACAGUACAAGAGGAAGAAAGCUGCAGCCCUACUGUUACAAUGUUGUACAAGACGCUGGAAGGCAAUCAGAGUUCUAGCAGGAUUGAAACAUGAGAAAAGAUGUAAAUUGGCUGCCACCGAUAUCCAGAAGCAUUACAGAGGUUGGCAGGCAAGGAAACUACUGGCGGAGUUGAAGCAUCAGAAACGUAUGGAAUGGGCCGCAGGUGUCAUUCACAAGUAUUAUCUGGGAUGGAAAGUCAGGAUGAAUUACAAGCCAAAGUUCAGGAGAAUAGCUGGACCGAAAGUUGCCAGAUUUAUGGUUGUGGCCUUGAGACGAAAGUUCCUUCUCAACGUGAGAGAUAAGUUGCCGAGCCUAUCACCUAUAGACAACAAAUGGCCGUCUAGUCUUAACAUGUACAAGUCUGCUUCCGACCAGCUACAAGUCAUGCAUCAUCGAUGGAGGUGUCGUAAAUACAGACGAAAGUUGAACGAGAGUCAGAAGUAUACUCUUCGUGAGAAAGCAACAGCUAGUGAUAUUUUCAAGGACAAGAAAGUCAUUUACCCUGAAAGUGUUCCACAUCCAUUCAAGGGAGAUUAUCUGAACUUACGAGGUGACAUGAAGUGGAAAAAGAUUCAUUCUGUAACCCAUGACAUUAACUUGGUGUUUGCUGAUCUUGUCCAUAAAGUGAACAGAGCUAAUGGCAAGAUUGUACAGCAGUUGUUGGUGAUUAGUUCGCAGGCUUUGUUAGUUAUAGAUCAUCAUACAAUGACGUUGAAAUAUAGAAUACCUAUAGAAUAUAUAGAGAAAAUAUCACUGAGUCCAUUCCAGGAUAAACUAGCUGUGUUUCACAUGAAAAAGCCAGAGAACGGUGACAAGUUUGCGAAGAAAGGAGAUUUCAUCAUCGGAAAUGAGCACAUCAUAGAGAUAGUGACAAAAUCUAGUCUGUGUUUGAAAAACAAAACAAGUAAAAUGCCAGAAAUCACCAUUAGUCCACAAUGCAGUAGUCAGUUUGGUAAUUCAUCAGUUCAAGUUUCGUUUCAACAAGGGGCCAAAGGGUUAGAGCCUGGUAUACCUGGGGUCAAGGUCACGAGGAAGAAACACCUUAUGCUUAUCUCAGAGCCUUGAUUGACAUAGACUUAUAUACAGAAACAUUCUGAAGUGUUGUAGAUAUUUUCUGACAAUUACCAAAGAUAUUCUCGUGAAUUUUCUAUAUAUAUUUCAUUAUUUUUGUGAAAAACGAAAUAUAAAAAUGUCAGCUUUUCAAACUCCCAUUUAAUUUUCUUAUAUCAGUUGUCAAGAUUUUUCAGUGUUUAAUCGUUCUCCUUCUUUUCUCAUAUUGUUCAUAUUUACUUAAUUUAUAUAAAAAGAGGGAAAUCUUUAGCUCAAAUUUGACCAGGGAAAUACACACCUUAUGUAGAGUUUGUAUAAUGUAAUAAGGACUUCUUUGACCAAAGUUAAAUGUUAAAUAAAAAAUAAACAGCAAAUAUUUUGAAAAAUUUGAAGAAAGAACUAUGGUUUGUGUAUUUCCCCAAACUUGGAAAUGGGAAAUUUCUAAAAAAUUGAAAAAUUGGGUAACUUGAGAAACACAAAAAUGUUAAUUUUGACGCUAUUUUCAUAAAUGCAGGAUUGGGAACAGGUUCAUCGUACCUGUUUACAAAACAAAAACUUGUACCGCAGUUAAUUGCUUUUAAAAAAUGUCAAAUCUAAAUAUUUAUUUACCAUAUAAUUAAGCUCAAUUUUGACAAUGGUUCAAGAUAGAUCUAUAUUGAUCUAUAAUAGAACUAUUUGUUAGAUAUAAAAGUAUUAUAAAUUUGAUUGUUUGGUAGCUUAGUUAUGUUUUGUGUUUUGAUUGACAUAUAAUUUAACCUUUAACCUGCUGAAACCUUCACGGAUUAUUCUUUGCCACCAAUAUAGAGCCAGACCAGCCCUGCACAUCCCUGCUGUGUGACCAGGCUAUAUACUUUGGCUGACUAACUUUACAACAGCCUUCAGCUUUUCUUAAGGUUGAAUAUAUUAUAAUACUGAACAUCACUGAUGGGCUAUAAAUAGCUCUUAGGACGCUGUUUUGAAGAAGGCUUAAUAGUAAUAUGAUGCACUUUUACAAGAUACUUAGUUUGAUACAACACAAAAUUGUUUUUCAAAAAAAAAAAAAAAAUGCUGAAGGCUGCUUUAAAUUUCAUCUUGAAAUACCCAAAUUUGAUAAUGGACUGUUCCAAAUAUGGAAGAUGGACAAGUCCAUUUAAGAAUUCAGCAGGUUAAGGGUUAAUAUUCUAUGUUUAUAUAAGUGAUGGAAAUAUGUUCACAAUAAAGGAAAGGUGCUGGAAAUUAGGAUAGAUACAUGUACCUUAAUUUCAAGUCUAAGGAAAGCAAUAUGAUUGUUUAGAAUUUAUUGUAUUCUUAUAAUACAACAUGUUUUUAAUGAUGUGUUUAAGAUGUUUGGGGAAGUUUCUGUUCAUAAUGAUAAUAUUUAUUAUGUGUUUUAGAUUGAAAUAUGUUUACAAAAAGCUAGAAUUCUGACACAAAGACAUUUAUAUAACUGUAAUAGUGUAUUGUCUACAGUAAAACUUGUGUUAUGUAGAUCUUGAAUGAAAUUAGGGAAAUGACAGUAAAACCUUGGUAAGUGGACCAAUAUGACCAAAAUGCCAGGUGUUAAACUUUAACUGCAGUAAAUCUUACAUGACUUUCAAGGCUAAAUUUGUUCAGCCUCAGUGAGGUUACCUAUUUUGUCUUUGCCAUAGUCGACCAUCAACUUUCCUUUUAUUAUUUAACUACGUGUACCUUUAAUGAGGAGGGUUUUUUUAAAUAACAAAGGAUGGUUGGCACAGAUGGCUUGAUUAUAACAAUGAUUAUCAGAUUAUUAUUUGACACUAGGUUUUUGUAGAUGUCACAGAAAAUUAGUAUAUGUUUACAUAUUAAUAUAGUUAUAUGUAACCAGGAAACUUAGAUUUUAGAUUAAUUGUCACAUUUUCAUUUGUUAAACAUAUCACCUAUACAGCGUUUUCAGAGGUGCCUUUAAAACAUGAACAUGGCAGCAACACAAUUUUACAUUAGACAUGAUUAUAUUACCACUGGUUAUGAUAAUUUAUAUGUGGUGCAUCAUACAAAAAAGCGCCAGUUGAUUGUUUAGUCUGCAAAAUUUUCCAAAUAGUUUGAUACAUAUAAGUCAAAAGUGUUUACAAACUUUGACAUAUUAUUAUUUCAUAUUUCUAAGUGAAACGAAAUAAAAGAAGAAAAUUCGUAGCACCAUUUUCCCAUUUUUAUGACGUUCGGAACAGAUAUGUUUUGUAAUAAUAUGUACAUGUAUUUAAAACUGGCUUCUUUUUUGUAUAAUGGGUCACAGAUGAUCAAAUUGUUGCAUAAAGUAAAUCACAUGUUAUCUGUGCACAUAAGUAGUACAUUAUAGUCGAAAGUAAUGUUUCAAUGACCAAUUAGCUAUAGGAAUCUAAACUGUAUACAGUGCUUAUACAAUCUGUACAAUAAAUAAUUGCAGGAAAAAGAAUAUGCUGACUCGUAAUCAAAAUUGUAACUAUGUUUUGCUAUGUUUAACAGAUUUACCAUUAUCUUUUCUACUUGACCUUUAAUCGGCUGGAACUUAAAGUGAUUAGCCUUUUGCCUCAAGUAUAGAGCCAGGGCAGCUUGCACAUCUGUGCAGUUGGACCAGGUUUUAUACCGUUUGGCUGCUUAAUUUUUGGUAUUUUGAUAUUAAAAUCCCCUAUACUGCUAAUGGACUGUUCCGAAUUCAAUGAAUGGGUGAAUCCAUUACACAGAGUCAGUAGGAUUAGGGUAAAAAACAAGCCAAGAUUGAAAAGCCUUGAUGUUUUGUAAAAAAAAAUAAACAUUUCUAUGUUGUUUGUAUGUCAUUUAUUGUAUAAAAAUGUUGUUUACACUUUUUAACUUACACUGUUUUUGUCUUUACACUCGAUUAUAAAGUGUAUAUUUUGUGGGGUUUAUGAAUUUUUGAUGUAUCAUGUCAAUGUUUCUUCAUGUUUCCAUGUAUUUGGAUAUUUUAUAUAUUAACAUUGUGAUCUUGCUAUUGUGAUAUAUGUUCGCUAGUGUAUAAAAAACAUAUCGACUGCUUUUUUUGCUUUCAUUAAAAAAAAAUCAUUUUUUGAUAUUUUUGUGUCAAAUUUGAUAAAUUUGUGUCAAUUAUAUAUAAGUUAUAUACUAUUAUAUUUAUGUGUAGUGCUAAAUGUGCUUUAAGGACCACUAUAUUAGACUGUUUAUAUUUUAUAUUUUUCCUCUUUGUAUUUUCUUUGAUUUUAUAAAGAUUCAAAUGAAUAUUCUAUAGUUUAUAGGAAGACUAAUAUUCUUCAGAUUAUAGAUAGCCCAAUAUUCUACAGAUUAUAGGCUGUCCAGUAGUCCACAUAUUAUAGAUAGCCCAAUGUUCUUCAGAUUAUAGGCUGUCCAAUAUCCCACAGAUUUUAGGCAGCCCAGUAUUCUAUAGUUUAUAGGAAGCCCAAUAUUCUACAAUUUAUAGGCAGGCCAAUAUUCUACAACUUAUAGGCAGCCCAAUGUUCUACAGAUUAUAGGUAGCCCAAUUAUGAUUGAUAUCUUUUGAGAUGGGCUCCUUGGAUAAACCAGUUCUGUUGUUAAAGAGGACAAACCAUGUAAAAAUUCAUAUAGUGCUCAGACCCAAAGUGCUUUAGUUCUACUAUUUAGUUCAGAAAUAGAAUUUCAUACCACUUAAAAACAACCAAAUUGACCAACAAUGGUCUGAUUUCAUGAUAUAUUCAGCAUAAUUAUGUAAAGGUUUCUAUUUAACUCUUACCAUGUUAAAUAUCUAAUGGAUUUGUCCAGCUUUUAAUUUGGACAAAACUAUCUUUUUUGUGAAAAUUUCAAAUAAUGUAUUGACUGAAUUGUGAAUAGAUUUUUUGGCUAAAGCCCUCAUUAACAUUGAUGUAUUUAUGUUAUUCACAGACAGUGAUAUUCAUAAUGUUUUGUGCACUUUUAAGGACCAAUUUUAACUUUUUUUUUUCUUUCAUACUUUUUUUCUUUCAUGAUUUUUCAUUAUAAUAUAAAAGGGACUUUUCAUAUUAGUGCAUGUGUAACAAAGUUGUUGUUUUUCUUUAUUUUUCUGUCAAAAAAUGUAACGGUAGUUAUUUUUAUAUUGAAUGAAGCAGUAUUGUUUCUGAUUUAUUGGAUAGAAAUGAAAACAACGAGCUCUACUUUCUGUCUGAAGGCAAAAAAUAAGAGAAGAACUUCUGCAAUUAUUGCUUGUAGAUUAUAGCAUUAAAGUUUUAACAAAGAUAUAAAUCCAGUUCAUUUUGUUUUCAUCCCAAGAUUUGCUAAACUAGAUCACUUUUGCUUUGUAUUUGUCUGCAGAAUUCAUAUAUAAUGUGCUUACAAGGAGCUAAUUAGUAUUUAUAUAUUGAUAAAAUGAUAAACUAUUAUUUGAAGGCUGGACCUAAAUUUAUGUUUGAACAUGAAAAUUUAUUUUAAUCUUAUUUUGCUCAUAUUUUGUUUGUCUCCUUUAUAAUGUAGAAAAAAGUAAUGUUUUGGCUUAGAAAAUUGAUAGUUUUGUCAUUCGGUUAGAUAAAGAGUUGUUUAUUAUAGCUGCUAAACUGAGUGCGAUGACAAACAUGUAUACAAAAUGUACAGAAAUAUGCAUUGUAUUCCAAAGUAUAUGCUUCAAUAAUAAUACGAAUAUAGUUGCAUAAUAAUUUUUGGGACAAAUUGUCUGUGGAUACAAGACUACACUGAUAUGUACAUGUAUAAUAUUUGGUAGGUAAUAUUUCAGUCAUUUUUGGAGCAUAGACAGUUGCACAUGGUACUUUCAUUUCAAUGAAGUCUUAAUCGGAAAUUUAUUGUUGAAUCAUAGGCUUGAACAUUUGACAUUACACUUCAUUCAGGCAUGGAAUAAGACAAGUAAAAACAAGCAUUUAUAAUCCAGUCAUUAAAAUAGAUAUUUUCCAGAAAAAAAAUCCCGGUGGAAUAAUGCGAUCAAUUACAUAUUUUAACAUUUCACUGUAUGAUGUAAUGGCAAGAAAUAUGUGAAAAAUAUUCAUGGCACAAUAUAAGAUUUAACCUGUAAUUUAGUGGAACAGAAUGUUAUUAGCCUUUCCCAACAGUAUCGGACCAGGCCAUUCUGCACUUCCAUUUAAUCUGACUAGGCAUUAUACUGUUGGUUGUACAAUUUUGAUAUUGAGAUCCCCUAAAUUUUCAAAAUGGACUGUUCCAAAUUAAAAGCAGGGCAAAUCCAUGGCACAAAUUUAACAGGUUAAUUAUUAUAACAAUAAUUUGUGGUAUAAUUUUAAUAAUACCAAUAAUGAAGUCAUUUAUAUUGUGAUAUUUAUAAGAUUGUUAAUAACUUAGAAAUGCAUGUAAUUCUACAUUCAUUUUAUUCUUUACUUUGUUUGAAAAAGGAUAUUUUAUUGAUACUAAGAUCUUCACAGGUGCAUUAUAUUUUGAUGUAACAUAACCUAUGGAUCUCUAAUAACAGAUCUGAUUUACAUCCCAUGUUCAUAGAUCUCUAAUAACAGGUGAUGAUAUCUGAUAUACAUAUAAGUGAAAUAUUGUUAGAAAAAAAAAUAUUCUUAUAUCUCAAGGUACAGAUCUGAUCUUUGUUUGAAGAAAUAUAAGUAGAUCUCAUGAACCAGAUCUGAAAUGCACACUAAUAAAAAAAGUUAUACAUGAAUUAUGUGUUUUAAUGUAUAAUUUCAAUUUUGACCAUUUUAUUAAUGCUAAAUUUUGUACUUUUUCAUAGGAAGUUGAUUUCAUAAAAAUUUUGUGAUUUGUGAAAACAAAAUGUCAUUAUUUCUUACUUUAAUUCAUUACAAUGAGAAAUAUUUUUUACAUUUCAUUUUGAAAUAAAACGUCAUUAUUUUCUAUUUUAAUGAAUUACAGUGAGAAAUAUUUUAAUAUUUCACUUUAGUCACUUUUUUCAUUAAAUGUUGUGUGUUUAUAUUAUUAUGUACAGUUUUUGUUAUAUUGGAUCACGUGAUAUCUGUAGGACUCUAACAUGUAUAUUUUCAUGUAGUAUAAGGUAAUAUACAUGUAUUAAGAUAAUCAGAAUUUAUUAUAGAACACUGGAAUGAUAAUUACUGAUUUAGGCAAUCUCCUGGGUUAGACCUUGGGGGAUAAAAGCCAAGGUCAGAGGUUAUGAAGAAAUCCUCUAAGCUCAAUUCAGAUCUCUGGUAUUUGAUUGGUCAGGAGCUGGAGCAGAAAGUACACCAACCAAUGAAAAUCCAGAGAUUUGAGACUGUCUCCGACAAAAACGUCAAGGAUAUAGCCAAGUUCCGUUGGGAUCUGACCAAAUGUUAUGUCCUUUAAUUUUGAUACUUUUAUUUGUUAAAAUACUUGUUUGAGUAGGAGAAAACUUUUGUGAGUUGAGUAUAGAUAAUAUUAAAAAAACCUUAUGCAAGAAUUGAUAAAUGAUAAAAUGGUAUUUUUAGACUGAGGCAAGAAACAACAAAAUAAUCAUUUGGUUGAUAAAACUGACCUUUGACUCCUGCAGUUUUGAUUGUACAUGUACUUUCUUUAAUAGUAAAUACUGAUAAAAAGUAAAUUGUGGUUUAAAUAUUUUUGUUUACUGUUGAUUAUAGAAUUAAUAUAUAUACAUGUAUAAUAUGCGCUUUCAAUGGACAUUAUAAUUGUAGGUGUAAAUCUUUGUUGCCAAAUUUAUUUAAAUGCAGAAUUUUAAUUUUUGAUGUUGUGCUCCAAAUAAUCAAUGCUUAGAUUAUAUAUAUACAAUCAUGUAUGUACAAUAAUAUUUUUACUUAUGUUUAUUAUUUCAUGAUUUUGAAAUUAUAAUUUUAUGACAAAGAUCUAAUCCGGCAAUUCAUUUCUCAGAGCUAUUUAAAACCGAUUCACAUUUUAAACUGGUAUAUCCAAAUUGAAAGUGUAAAAAAGAAAAAGGAAACUAUUUCUUGUAAAUUAAAACAUAUUACUUGCAAAAUCAGACUAUCAGCUUAAGGUAGUUUUGAAAAUUUGUAUGAAAACAAAUAUGUUUAUUUCAUUCAUAUAAUUAUGUUUGUUUUGCCAUGUUUGCAUAUUUAUUUCAAAUUACAACCAAGUGGUCCAUGUUUUUUGUAAUAGUAGGGGCCAUAACUCUAUUAUAGACAUAAUUAUUUAACAUUCCAUCUAUGCUUUAUUUUUUCACAGCUUUCCCCACAAAAAAAACAACUUUUAAUCAUUUAUGUUUACAUUUAUAUGUUUAUGUCAUUUCUUUCGUGAUGAAAAUAAACCAGAAUAGAUCAA